GCACACAUAUCGUGUGGUCUGGGUGGUGGUGUUACCUGAUUGUAGUGAUUUUCCUAGUUUUUUUCAGGUACACACAUGCUAUCACUUAGACUUUGGCCUGGCGAGCUCUUCAGUUGCACUUGGCUUUCAGCUCAUUUUCGAUCCACGCCAGGGGUUUGUGCUAGCAGGAGCUGGUUACUCUGCGAAUCAUCAUCUGAGACAGACUUUGAAAUGUCUUGACUUUGUAGGAGAGUUCCUUUUUUUACACAUGUGAUUUGUUCAGCCCAGCAAAUUUCCGGCGUUUGAAUUCGCCUAUUGCAUUUUUAAAGAAGCCAUGUCUCUGAUAAACAUUCGAAGCAGUGUCACCAGUAGUGUAAACAAGUUUCUGAAGAAGCAGGAUACGCAAGAUGGUGGUGCUGCUGCUGCCACAGCCUCCCCUAAGCGUGAUGAGCCGGCACAGCUAUCCACCGGUUUCAUCUGUCCAGAUUGCAUGCAGUCCUUCUUCACAGCACAGGGUCUGUCAGUGCACUUUGAAGAGGCGCACGGUAUCAAGAUGGACGACUCAAAACCAUCACCAAAGAUACCAAAGGCCAGUGCCAAGGCUGCAGUUGCACCAUCUAUAGCCAAGGAGCUAUUGGAGUUGGUAAGCAUUGAGAAGAAACCGUACACUUAUGGAUUUCUGCUUCUCGAUUAGAACUCAUUUUGUACG